AUGUUACAUGGUGACGUGCAGGGUGCCUAUUCCAUGGGUGUUGAGAUGCACGACCUUUGGUCCGAACACGUGUUCGAGAUGUACGGUGCGCCUGUGUUCCAGUACGACUGCACAGUGGACCGUCCCGCAAUGGCGUGUGCAGGCUGCGAAUUCUUCCCGGCCUGCAUCAAAGGAGAAAAUAACCUCGGUGGCAUUGCUGGCAAAACCAGUUGGACCUUGGAAGAGGCUGUGAUCCAGUCAGGCCUGGCACAGGCGCCACCGAGAUCUCUCCUGAUGAAAAUGGACAUCGAGGGAGGUGAGUGGCCCGCUCUGGGCACGGCCAGUAAUAUGACAUUGUCAAGGUUCCGGCAGAUGUCGAUCGAGUUCCACCACCUAUCCCAUGUGGCUCGUCAUGAAGAGUUCUUGCAAACCAUGCGUCGUUUGAUCGGUGCAGGCUUCAAGGUGAUCCACAUUCACGGCAACAAUUAUGCGGGAAUGUACACUUCCGGCCCCUUCUCAAUCCCAGACGUCAUCGAGGUCACCAUGGAUGCCAGUGCUUUCGAUGAGCCUGCUUGUGUCCCGGAAGAGAUGCGGCUUGACCUAGACGCUGCCAACAAUGCGCUGGUUGCGGACCUCCCGGUGGCCCACGUGCCCGCGCUCUAG